UUGCCUAACCAGUUUUAAUGUAUGUAAAAUGAAAAAUAAAAAAAGAUAUAAACGUAGUAUCGAUAAGUAUUAGAGUUACAUUUAUAAAAAAUGGCCUGGAUAGUAUGCACAUAGAUGCAAACUGACGUUAUAUAUACAAUGCAAACUAACAUUCAAGUCUCAUUUGUAGCGUUUCUUUGAAACUGAUCACUUUGAAGCAGUCCUUUUAAAUUUCCUAUGUUUCACAGUUCGCUUCUGUACUUUUUUCUUAAUUGUUUCGUACGAGUAAUUAUAGAAUAAUGUGGAACAUUGUUUAUAAAACUUUCCUUAUUGGACUGAUAAACAUUGCUGCUUUUACACAUAGUAGCAAAGCACAUCAAAUUAUUCCACUGGUAGGUCCAUUCGAACAUAGCGAGGGUCCUCAUUGGGACCAUCGUACUGAAAAACUCUAUUUCGUUGACAUAGAGAAACAGAAGCUUUGCAGAUGUGAUCCUAUAACGAGAGAUGUUACUUGCACUUACAUAGAAAAUGGUCCUGUCGGAGUGGCGGUUCCUGUUUACGAUGAACCAGAUAAAUUUGUGGCUGGUAGUGGAACCGAUUUCGUUCUGGUUACAUGGAACAGCCAUAAAAAUGUUACACGAUCGAUUUCCCAGACACUGGCCAUUGUCGACACUAAUCGAAAUGGUACUAGAUGGAACGACGGAAAAGUGGAUUCUUCUGGAAGAUUUUGGGGUGGCACAAUCGGUCCCGAAGCGAACGAUGUUGUUAUACCUGAUCAGGCAACAUUGUAUCGCAUCGACUCUGACUUGAAACCGAAGAUAGAAUUAUCUCCUGUUACAAAUAGCAACGGAUUAGCUUGGAAUCGCGAGGAUGAUACAUUUUACUACAUAGACACCCCUACACGAAAAAUUGCUGCAUUCGAUUUCGAUCCGAUCGCUGGAACCAUAAGUAAUAAACGAACCGCGUUUGAUCUCGCGAAACACAAUGUUUCGGGUUUACCAGAUGGAAUGACUAUAGACGUAAACGGCAAUCUUUGGAUCGCUUUGUACGGUGGAGGCGGCGUACUUCACGUUGAUCCUCGUACGGAUCGAGUGAUUAAAUUCUUGAAGCUACCCGUGGACUAUGUAACUAGCUGCACAUUCGGAGGACCUCUAUUAGAUAUUUUAUUUGUAACUACAUCCAGGCGUGAUUUAAACGCAGAGGAAUUAACUAAACAACCCCACGCCGGUUAUGUUUUCAGUGUACAUGAUUUGGGUGUACAUGGCCUUCUAGCAAAUUCGUUUGUACUAAAUGAUCGAUUCAAAUCUACUACAUGGAAGAUGUCAGAACCGACUGUAAUACCGUUAGCAGGUCCGUACACAUUGGGAGAAGGUCCACAUUGGGAUCAUACUUCUGGAACAUUAUAUUUCGUUGAUAUACUUGCCCAAGAAAUACUUAGGUACGAUUCUUCGACGUCGACUAUUACAUCUGCCUACAUAGAAAAUGGAACCGUUGGAUUUGUAGUUCCUGUUGAUGGUAUUCCUGAUACAUUUUUAGCUGGAGUUAAUACAGAUUUGGUGCUAGUUACAUGGAAUGGAAAAGGAACUCUUUCAAAGUGUGCAAUUAAAAUGCUGACCGCUUUGGACAGUGAUCCUGCAGAAAUCAGGUGGAACGAUGCGAAAGUAGAUUCUUCUGGAAGAUUAUGGGGUGGAACAAUGGCUCGUGAAGUAAAUGGGUCAUUUGCUCCUAACAAAGGAUCUUUCUACAGUCUCGAUGCUGAUCUUCUUCUAAAAAAACAAGUAACUCCUGUAGGUAUAAGUAACGGAGUGGCAUGGAGUCCUAACGAUAACACACUUUAUUACAUUGAUUCGCUCAGCUAUCGGGUAGUGGCAUACAAUUACAAUGCUCGGACAGGAGCUAUAUCUAAUAAAAGAACAGUCUUUGAUCUUCGAGAAAAUAAUAUCAAAGGAUUUCCAGAUGGUAUGACUAUAGAUACAAAUGGGAAUCUUUGGGUGGCUGUGUAUGGUGGAGGUGGUAUACUGAAUAUAAAACCAGAAACGGGCGAAUUGCUGCGGUUUGUUAAGAUCCCUAAUGCUGAACUUAUAACCAGCGUUGCAUUUGGUGGUACCAAUUAUGACACGUUAUAUGUAACAUCGUCGCGUGUGGGACUGAAAGUGGAUCAGUUGGAAAAGCAACCGCAAGCAGGUUACCUAUUUGCUGUUAAAGGUUUAGAUGUACGUGGUUUACCCGCAAAUUCGUUUAAGUUGUCACAGAAAUAAACGCAAAUGUGAUUGUAUAAAUAUUUCGUAUUUGUAUACAUAUAAUAAAAUAUGCCUUUUUAGUACGAAAA